GAAAGCUGAUUCGGAAAUAUAGUCUGUUGAUAGUCGUUGACAAAGCCCCAUCUCCUCCACAUCGAAUAAAAUGGCCACAACUUCAGGAAGUAUUUCCAACGACUUUCCACGACUACCAAUCGAGAGACGACAGGAACGUCGCAAGCAAAGCGAAAAAGUGACCUGAGGGCAGCGCAAUCAUGUUCUACGACGAUAAAUCUGCCAUAACCGACUCAGAUGGCCCUUCACCACCAAAAGAAGAGACGUCACGCACGCCAUCAUCACUCAGUUUGUCCAACUCAGAUCUCUCUCGCCAGCCAACACGUGUAUCGAAACAACAUCCCAAAGAUGACGGCGAUCUGGAAUUAGCACGAACCAAGUCCAUUGCGCAAACGAUGUCACCAUUACGCGAGUUCCUGUUCGUUGGCUUGCUUUGCUCUGCUCAAUUCGUAACACAGGCCGGACUAGUCAACACCUUGAACAUCCUGCACAUCAUCGGGAACGAUCUCGGAAUCACCGAUCCUGGCGUGCUAUCAUGGCUCAUCGCAGGCUACUCGCUCACUGUUGGAACCUUCAUCUUGUUAUCUGGCCGAUGUGGUGACCUGUUCGGGUACAAGCCCAUGGUGAUCAUAGGGUUCGGCUGGUUCGCGAUCUGGAACGUCGUGGCUGGGUGCAGCGUGUAUGUAUCAGGAAACGGCGGUCAGGUUCUCUUCAUCUUUGCAAGAGUUCUAAGCGGCAUUGGUCCAGCUAUUCUACUUCCGAACGCUUUGGGUCUAUUGGGUGCAACAUACGAUGAGGGACGUAGGAAAGACAUGGUCUUUUCACUAUUUGGCGCUUGCGCACCGAGUGGUGCUGUUGUUGGUGGAACCUUCGCUGGUCUUUGGUCCCUUCUCUGGUGGCCUUGGACGUUCUGGACAUUCGGCAUCGCUCUGGCUUGCCUCGGUGGCUUAUCAUGGUUCAUCUUGCCAGCUAUUCCUCUCAAAGAAGAGGAGCAAGAUCUUACGUUCGCACAAAGGAUACACGAGCUCGAUCUACUCGGUGCAACGGUGGGAAUCACAGCCAUGAUCUUGUUCAACUUUGCUUGGAAUCAGGCGCCAGGUUUUGGCUGGGAGCAGCCAUACGUCUACGCCAUGCUCAUCGUGGGGAUCUUACUCUUUCCUGUGUUCUUCUGGAUUGAACUCAAAGUGUCCAAGCACCCGCUCAUUCCAUUUGAUGUCCUCAGUAUAGACGUCACCUUCGUCAUGAUCUGCGAGAUGUGCGGAUGGGCAGCUUUUGGUAUCUUUAUAUACUACUUUAUCCAGAUUCUUCAACAGCUUCGAGGGACAUCGCCACUUCUUACGAUGGCGCAGAUCUGCCCUGUGACAAUCUCUGGAUUUGUUGCUGCCAUUACAACCGGUCACGUCAUCUCUCGAAUCGGCCCUGGCUGGGUCAUGUUCAUAUCGAUGUGCGCGUUCACGGUCGGCAGCAUUAUCAUUGCAACUAUGCCUCCACAUCAGAUCUACUGGGCGCAGUCAUUCGUUGUCACUCUGAUCAUCCCCUGGGGCAUGGACAUGAGCUUCCCAGCUGGUACGCUCAUAAUGAGUAACGCCGUCGAAAAGCGCCAUCAAGGCAUGGCAGCCAGUCUGGUCAAUACAGUAGUCAACUACAGCAUUAGUAUUGGAGUUGGCAUCGCAGGAACAGUAGAGAUGCACGUCAACAAUGGUGGUUUGAGCGAGGAAGACGAGCUCAGAGGGUAUCGCGCUGCAAUGUAUCUUGGUAUUGGGUUUGGAGUAAUGGGGGUCUUGACUAGUGUGCUAUUUUUGCUCAAGAUGCAUACGCGCGAGAAGCAAAUGACGAACUCAAGAUGAAAGGAGGCUUGGGAAUGUUAAG